AUGACAGCCUCGACGAGCUGCGCCAGCAGGCAGGACCUGCUCGCCGCCUUGACCCUUGCCGUCGAGACGGUCCAUCCCGCCGCCGUCGCCGCCAUCGUCGACUACCUGGCCAAUCCGCUGUCCGACGACGACCUCGCAGACCUCGUUCAGUCUCUGGGCCCUGCAGAUGGCAUGACGCCUGCUGCGAGCGCCCGCCUGCUGGACCGCAUCAACCGCGCGAAGACGCGCUACGCUACCUUCCUGCGCGCUCGCAACCUGCACGACGUCCGCAUCCAGUGGCCCUAUGAGCACAGCCUGCAAACCCUUGGCCUGCUCCACAGCAGGGACCUCGCAACUUUCUUCGAGGGCCUUUGGUCGCGCCGCUACACGCAUUGCGCUGCCCCCCGCUCCUACCGCUCCUUCAGCGUCGUCGUCACUUCUCCCGACUUCGCCCGCCUUUGCACCUUUGCCCAGGACAGGCGCGUUGCCGUGACCGAGAACGUGCUUCAGACCUUUGGUCCUCUUGAGAGAGGCUCCACGCCGCGCUCCAUGCAGGACAUCCACCUGCAAAUGGCUGCAGCUCUCUGCGACAUCCACAACCAUCGCUUUGACUCGGCCACGCCGACAAUUGAGCGUGGCAACGAGCCCUGGUUCCCCUUCCCCAAUGUUGUACGCCAAUCCAAUGAGAUCAUUGCCCCGCCUCGCUUUGAGAAUAUGCUUGGCAGAAGGCUUGACUCUAUCAAGGACUGGGACCGCGGCAAGGCUGCCGACGUGGUGCUAAAGAACGUUGCUCCGCCAAAAAGACGUGCUGCACGUCGAAACAUUGACAAGACAAAGAUGCCUUCCCACUGGAAAGACCUGGACAAUGGCCAGCGGGAAGACUUCUUCAGCGGAAAACUCGGCGACAGGAGUGCUCGUGGUCCCGUUCGCUGGCCUGAGCUUCCCGUCAUCAAAGAAGACCGUCAGUAUGAUAAGGCAGCUCGCAAACCGCCGCCGAACGGCUACCAAAUGGACGCUUUGUCCAAUUCGGGAGAGGAUUCGGCCUCAGUUGCUGUUGCAAGUCUCUCGACUGUUAACGGCGACCUGAGGCGAAUGAAGUCGUUUGUCCGAAAGCCUUCACGCGGCGAGCUCAUCAUGCCAAGCGCAGACGUCGAGAUGGCGCAAGCGGAACCUCUGCCAACACCUCCCUCUCCAACCUGUGUCGUCCCUAUGUCCGGCCGACCGCCAAGCGACACAGGGCUGGCAACUCCACCCGACUCGGCAUCGCCAGUCAAGCCCCAAGGCCCGAGCAAACGGUUCAAUAGGCGAGCUCCAAGCGCAGCAUCAAGGGUCAAAGCACGCCGUCCUCAAAUCCGCCGCUCCACCCCCAACAAGACAAACAGUAGCUCCACCACCACGACCAGUUCGCGUGCUGAAUCCAUUUAUUCGAUGGAGGAUCUCAACAAGACAUCUGCCCAGAGCAGUUCUACGACACCGUCACCACCGCAACUCUGGUCGAAUCCCUUCGAGUGCUGCAAGAUCCCUGAAAGGCGCACAAGCUCUGGCUUAACCACUUUCUCGCCUACAAAACAAGCGACGACCAGCGUCCAACACAUCGAAGCUUCUGCUGAGCGUGCUUUGUUCGUCGGUCAAGGCAUCGCGGUACUGAGUGAGAGGAAAGAAGAGCAAUUUGACGAAAUACCCCAAAACCCACGGACGGAGAGGAUCGACUCGGCCAUUACGCCUAUACAUCGUACCGCUGUCGAUGCUCUGAAAGACAGCAUGAGCCCAAAGGAUGCCGUAGCCAUGAGCGGAGAAACCAUCAGCGAGGCGUCACAUCGCUGGUGA